AUGGUGAAGUUCACGGUUGAAGAGCUCCGUGCCGUCGUGGACAAAGGGAACAAAAUUUGCAACAUGUCUGUUAUUGCUCAUGUGGACCAUGUGGAGCCUGGAGCACAUGAUCCGAUUUUAGUGGAGCCUGCAGUAGCUAAUCUAAAGAGGGGUGGUGCGACAUGGAAAGAUAUUGUAAUUUUAGUGGAGGGUGCAAUAAUAUUAGUCCAAGCUUUAGUGAUUGUAAUUUUGCUUUCAAACUUGAUGUAA